CGAGCGAGGCGCAUUUUGCAUUGACUAGGAGCGUCCAGACAUUGCGCACACAGACUAAAGUUUAGUUUCACUUCAACUUCCAGCGUCUCUCUAGUUACCGAGUGGUUGAUCAUGCUCAACGAAGAGGAAAGAGAAAAAGAGAAAUAAAAAGCCGGACUGGAUGUGACUCAAUUAUGAUUUCAACCAUAAUUUAGUGACUGGGAAUGCGCUCCUUGGGGCUGCGGUGGAUAUAUGGUUGACUCAAAAACCCAUAACAUUUGUGUUAUAAUUUGCUUCGGGGGAGCUUACCCAUAACUAUUGUGAUGGAGAGCCACAUGUUGUUUACAUGGAUGCUGUUGUGUAUCCUCCUGCGGCAGUCGGCUACACAGAACCCCGCACCUGAAGGAGUGCUGAACUGCUGCGAGGGCGACGUCCUCUUCUUAUUGGAUUCCUCUGGAAGUGUGUCGGCCUAUGAGCACUCCCGCAUGCUCACCUUCCUGUCUGAGCUCCUCCUCCCCUUUUCGCUGGGAGAGGACCAGGUGAGGAUAGGACUUCUGCAGGUGGGCACCCGACCACGCCUCGAGUUUGGCUUUGGCACCCAUAGUACCCAGAGUGGCCUGCAGGGGGCUUUGGAGAACACCAAACCUCUCAGGGGGGACACCAACACAGUGGAGGCACUGAGAAUGGCAAAAGAGUGGGUGCUGAGACCUGGAACAGCAGACGGGGCCCGGGCGGGGCUCCCUAGGGUGCUGGUGUGGUUGACUGAUGGGGUGAAACCAGGUGAUGUGAUUGGACCAAUGGCUGAGCUGCAGGAGGAAGGCGUGGCUGUGUUGGUGGUCUCCACUGGGCAUGGCAACUAUCAGGUGUUGAGGCAGGUGGUGACUCCGCCUGUGGAAAGCCACCUGUACUUUGUGGACAUUGAUGAUAUGAGUAUCAUCACAGAGGACCUGCGGGAUGCCAUCAUUGAGAUUAUCCGAGCUGAGCGAAUCAACAUCCGUGACGUCUCCACCAACUCUGCCACGCUCCAGUGGCGACCCGUUCUGUCCGGUUUGGCGGGGUACUAUGAGAUUCACUUUGGUCCGCUUCCGACGGGAGGAGGAGGCGAUGGAGGAACUGGAACUGGGACCAGUCCGAGCACCGGCGGUAGUGAUUUCCAGAGACUAACCCCAUCUGCAGAUUCCAGCACUGCCAGGCUAACAGGCCUGAAGCCUGAUACCACCUAUACCGCCACACUGACCCCAAGGUCUAAUGAACAAGAGUUUAACAAACUCUCCGUCACCUUCAAAACAAAGCCAGAGGUGCUGAGCCCAGCUGUGGUAACGGUCUCUGAGUCGGGGCAAACCAGCAUUCGGGUGAGUUGGGGUCAUCCUCAGCCGGAGACGGUCGCAAGUUACUACAUCGAGUACUCCGCCCUGCCCAGGGGCAAGCUCCACGCUGUCACCGUGGGCCGAACGCAAAACUCCACGCUCCUCACCAACCUCCAACCAGAUACCACUUACUUGGUCACCGUUAGUGCCCGGCACACCUCGGGCAUGGAGAAGGCCAUGUCUGUCAAAGUGUGUACUGAGGAAGUGACUCCAGCCCUGGCAGACCUCCAGCUGACCACAGUGGGUAGUGACUCAGUGCAGGUCGAUUGGAAGAGCAGCGUAGGCAGUCUGAGGGGCUACUGGCUCACCUGGGAGGCACAGCAAAGCUCUGUCACUGGCCAGCGCUCCUCUCUCUAUUUGCCUCCGGACUCUCUGUCAACGCGCCUCACACACCUCCCCCCAGAAACUAGAGUGUGUGUGUCACCCAUUUACCGGACAGCGCGAGGAGAGGGACUGUGUUGCACGGCACAGUUCCAUUCAGAUGCAUUAUCAUAUGGCUUCCAGUCAUAGCACCCCUGAGCUGCAAGUGCACCUUACCAAACAUGGAGGGACGAUGGAAAGAAGAAUGCUGACUUUCAUCCAUAAUUCUUUUCCAUGCCUCUCCCCUCUGUGGAUAUCAUCAAGGAGAGUUGUGUGGUUUGGCUUACUGAGCACUCAUGUGGAAGCCAUAGACACUUAAGAGUGGUCUUGGACAAUAUGGCCACAUGUUAAUGGCUACAAUCUGCAACACAUAGCACUAUUUGCUUUUCCAUUUCUUUGGUCUCAUCUGGUUUACACCUGUAGUAAAUGUAUAAUGUUUCAGUUUAGAGAUGCAAGCGUGAGAUAAAGAUAUUUCUUGCAGUUA